AUGAGAGGUGGGACCUGCAAAGCCGCUGCGGCGAUCAGAACCAGCAGCAGCAGCAGCUUCUGGUGGAAGCUCUUCUCCCCUUCCUUCCGGUUCUCAGCCGGAGAAAGUCGCCGCUUCUCGUCGGGCCAUCGGCCAGCUCCUCCUCCUGCUGCUCCAAAACCCAGCUCAUCCCGUCCUCAUCGCCGCCGCAACGGUAGUCUGAGGAGGAAGUCAGCGCCGCCGCAGUCGAAGGCCUCCUCUCCCGACGCUCUGCUUCAGAACAUCUCCGCCAUAAUAGCUCCGGAGGGGGGAAAACCUCCUCAUCCUGCGGUAUGCGCCGAGAAGGUGGGAGAGGAAGAAGAAAGUGGGCUCGCCGACGAUGGGAUUAAAAUUUGCCGGCGAGGUGCUCGACGGAAUGCUCCUGCGGGCCUUUUCCAGGUGCGCUGGUCGGAGGGGGAAGACGAGGAGGAAGGAGUAGAUGUCAGCCCGACGGUGCAGAAGAUCACUGCCAUCGUCCGCUCCGGAGGAGGAGGGGCGGCGGCGGCCAUGGAGGAGCGUCUAGGGAGCGCCGCCGUGGAGCUCACGGCGGAGGUGGCGGAGAUGGUGGUGAAGAGAUGCUUCAAGGCUGGCGGCGCCGCCCUCAGAUUCUUCUCCUGGGCCAGGCGCCAACCAGGGUUCCGCCACACGACGGCGACCUACAACGCCAUGCUAUACAUCGCCGGCGAAGCCCGGGAGUUCGAUCUAGUGGACGAGCUCCUCCGCUGGAUGGAAGAGGAUUCCUGUCCCACCGACGUGAAGACAUGGACCAUCCUCGUCCACCAUUUCGGGAGAGGGAAUAAGGUCGGAAGGGCCCUUUGGGCCUUCGAGCAGACGAAGAAAUGCAGGUCUGGACCAGACAAGAUGGCCUACGGCAGCAUCAUCCGUGCUCUGUGCGAUGCCGGAAAGGCCGAGAUGGCCGUGGAAUUUUACAGAGAGAUGGCCGGCGGCGGCAUGUUCCCCGUCUGCGGCGACCUGUACCAGGCGCUCAUGACUGCUCUGGCCGCAUCAGGGGACGUGACGACGGCGAGGUCGAUCGGGGAGGACAUGGCGAAGGCCUCCGACGCCGCUUCCUCCUCCACCUCUCUCAUGCUGAAGAGCUUCUGCAUCUCGGGGAACCUCGAAGCCGCCAUGGCCCUCGCCGAGGAGAUGAGGACGAAGACCCAACGGCUUGAUCCAGAGAAAGUGGAGAUCUUGGCGGUGGCGCUAUGCAAGGCCGGCAGAGUCUCCGAAGCUCUGGAACUUGUGACCGGCGCUGAGAAGAACGGAGUUUUAGACAGCAAACUUUAUGGGCACAUCGUCAGUGGGUACCUGAGACUGGGAGAUGUCCAGUUGGCCAUGAAAUUCCUCCGCCGCUGCUCGCCGGGGGUACGCACCUACACGGAGCUGAUACAGCAUCUGUCUAGGGCAGGAGAGCACGGCAUGGCCUGCGAGCUCUACGACGAGAUGGUUGCCAACGGUGCAGAACCGGACAUGGUCGCCGUCGUGGCUAUGGCGGCCGGCCAUGUUCAGAAUGGCCGGGUUGGAGAAGCGUGGAGCCUGUUCGAGGGGAUGAAGAAGAAGGAGAAGGGGACGAAGCCCACGAGGAAGGCCUACUCGGUGUUCAUCAGAGAGCUCUGCAAGUCCGGCGAACCAGAGGAGGCUCUCAGGGCCCUGGCCGAGAUGCUCCGCUCGGAUUUGGCUCCUCCUGGAGGGGACAUCUUCCACCUGCUCUGCAACUCUCUGAGAGAGAAGGGGUUGCCGGAGAAGGCGUCGAUGGUUGAACAGAUGCGCUUAGGUCUGUCCUCCACCAUUGAAGACGCCGCCGAGGACUUGGACCCGAGCCAGAACCAGAGCCAGGGAGGAAGAAGGUGGAGCGACGACGAGCUGAAGGAAGUAGAGAGGAUUUUAGCAUCUCCUUGCAGCGACUGGGCCUCCAUGGCGGAGGGUUUAAGGAAGAGCGGGAUCCUUUUCUCGCCGGAACUCGCGGAGGAGGUCCUCCAGCGCUGCCGGGGGCACGGCGGCGCCGCCCUGCGGUUCUUCUCGUGGGUCGGGAAGUCGGCCGGCUUCAGGCACACCGCGAGAGCAUACAACCUGGCCAUCAAGAUCGCCGGCGCCGGCAAGGACUUCUCUUUCAUGAGGCAUCUCCAUGAGGAGAUGAAGAGGAAGGGUUGCCCUAGAAUGGUCGAUACCUGGACCACCAUGAUCGCCCAGUAUGGACGAGCAGGGUUGACGGAGAUGGCUCUGGGGAAAUUCGCAGAGAUGAAGUCUGAAGGUUUCCGUCCCGAUGCCAGCACCUUCAAGUUCCUGAUCAUCUUCCUCUGCGGGAAGAAGGGCCGGAAAGUGGCCGAAGCAGAGAAGACAUUCCAUGAAAUGCUUUCCGCCGGAAUCUCGCCGGACAAGGAGCUCGCUGGGAGCUUCCUCUCCUGUCUGUGCGAAUCCGGUAAGAUUUCUGAGGCGAGGAGCUGCGUGGAAGCUCUGAUCACGCGCGGCUUUGGGGCGCAGGUGGGCUUCUCCUUGCUCGUCAAGUCUCUCUGCCGUGUGGGGCGAAUGGAAGAGGCUCUCGAGCUCGUCGGCGAGACUGGCAGCGCCGUCGCCCAUCGGGGUUGCAGGGCGGACGAGUUCGUCUACGGGAGCCUCAUCCACGGGCUCCUGCGAGGCGGCCGGGAAGCGGCGGCACUGGAGAAGAUAGAGGAGAUGAAGAGGGCCGGUAUACCGGCGACGGCCCAGGUUUACACCUCGCUGAUGGUCCAUUUCUUCAGGGAGAAGCGGCCGGAGAAAGCCAUGGCGGUGUUGGAGAAGAUGGAGGAGGAGGGCUGCGAGCCCACCGUCGUCACCUUCUCCGCGCUGAUCCGUGGCUACGUCGGCACCGGCAUGGUCGCCGCCGCAUGGGCCAUCUUCCGGCGGAUGGCGGCGGCGGGAGCGCCGCCGGAUUUCCAGACGUACUCUACGUUCAUGGCGUGCCUGUGCAGGGCCGGCAGGUCGGAGGAAGCCAUGGAGCUCAUCCAGGAGAUGGCGGCGAGGGGGAUCUCUCCGAGCGCGGUCAACUUCCGGACUGUGUUCUACGGGCUCAACAGAGAAGGCAAGCAUGAUCUUGCUCGCGCUCUGCUGGAAAAAAAGUGGACUUUUUCUAGGAAGAGGAGAUUUCUGGCCUGA